AUGGAAGAGUUUCACAAACGCUACUCUACAAUAUGUCGAGAACAUCAUAUAUUUCCAUUAGAAAGUGUUCUAAAUCAUAUUCGAAGCUAUUCAGACGGCGAACAGUUUCGUGAAGGUAGAUCAACGCCUGAGAGUGCGACGAAAUUAGAUCUUUCCUGUUGUAACCUCACUCCAGAGGAUUGUAAUGCACUUGUUAGCGUUCUUACGGAUGACCUGUUCUUUGAAGAGCUAAAUUUUUCCGACUGUUUGCUUAGCGAAGAAUCAAGCAAAAUCAUUCUUAGAGGCUUGAUAGACAAUAAGGCCGUCAAACGGUUGAACUUGAAAGGGAAUAACAUUCGCGCUGGGGCUGCAGAAAUCUUGGGUCAGUUCCUGAAGAGAAAUGAGUGUGUUCGAAGUCUACUUAUCGAGUGGAAUUCGCUUGGCUUGUGGGAUAAUGGAAUGAGAGCUAUUUGUGAGGGACUGGCUCACAAUCAAGUGUUAUUAUUUCUCGAUUUGAGGAAUAAUCAGAUUACCCAUGAAGGAGCAAGUCAAAUCGCUGUUGCAUUAAAACGUAACCAAUGUUUAAGAGGUCUAGAUUUACGCUGGAAUAAUGUCGGCCUCCUUGGUGGAAGGGAAUUACUGGAAGCUUUGAAGUUUAACAAAAGGCUUGUGGGGUUGGAACUCACAGGUGAGGUUUUCUGUCCUCUUUUGAGGGGAAGUUGGGGGUACCAUUCAUGUAUCACAGAUGGGAAGGAUUCUUUAAAAGUGUCUUGGUAAUUAUCAUUUUUCACGACCUUGAUAUUUUAUGUUGUUGUCCCAUUUGAAAUUCUGUGAUAGGAUAGGAGGGAUUAUUGUCCUUGAAAGUUGAUUAUGCUUGUACGAACUCUGGAUUUCCAUCAAGAGAAAGAAAAAGAAAGAAAGAAAGCAAAAAAAAAAGUAGAAGUCGGAACAAGACCUGGUGGUUACAAGGUUUGAUAGUUUUAAAAAAAGCCCCUAGUUAUAGGUCCAAAUAUACAUUUUAGGGACAAAAUCUCAGUGUAGUUAUUGCAUUGUGAACCUAACUUCACACAUGAAUUCUUGAUAGUGAGGAGAAAGGUAAGGUUGUGUAUGGCUAUAAAAUGAAGACAUUUGAGAGCAAAAGUAAAAUCAGUGGAAAGUUACUCCAUGCAAUGUUUAUCACAAAAUAGUAAAUAAGUUACAAUCUUUUAUCAAAUUAAACAAGAUUUUUUGACAGCUUGCUUGAUUGAUUUCAUUAAAAAUCUGCACAGGGAACAACAUUCCUCAAGAUAUUGUUCAGGCUUUGUCUGUUGCUAUCCAACAGAACAGUGACAGACAAGUAGCUUUUGAAGAACAUCAGGCCCAAACUGAGGCUUUAACAAGAGAAUUGGAAAUGACACAAGAGAAAAAAAGACAGGAGGUAUGUUCUUUUGCCGUAAAACUGAUAACUGAUUAUCAAACAGGAUAUUGUUACAAUUCUCAAUAUCAUUCUAUCCUUAGUGGUGCUUCUCUUUUUGUUGCCUAUGUAAGUAUAAUCAUCAAGCACUUUAUUUAGAUAAAGAGAUAGGGAAAGUCUUAGUUGUUCUAUCUGGCUUGAGCUUAUCCCUGUUUCCAUAGCAUGAAGUUACUGGGAGUAUUGUCUAUUCCCCAUGGUUUGGAUGCUUGUCCAUGGCUGCCCCCAUUCAAAUAUUCAAAUGGUCAUGAUAGUUGAUGAUAGUUUCAAUUAUCAUGUGCAUUUGAACACGAACUAUCAUUGACCAUCUUCAAAUUCAACAUAAUAAGUGAUGAUAGUUGUUGCUGUUUGAAUGAGUGGAUGAUAGUGACUGAUAGUUUUUUUGGUGAGCAGUUUUACCAAAACAGGCUCAAACUGAAAUGGUAAAGGGUAAAAUGACUGAAGUAGCUGUUAAAGUGUCACAGGAUGUCUUGUUGUUCAUUCUCAUCAUUUCCUGGCUACAAGAACAACGAGAAAAGGUUGAAAUGUAUUACAUUCAAGUCCAUAUUUCAUCUGAUUAAUGUUAGGUGACGAGUUUGAAGGAAGAAAUUGACCAACAGAGAUCCAGUCAGGAACAGCUUAACAGAAGUAUGCAAACCAAGAUUGAUCACUUGAGAACAGCUUUGGAUGAAAGGAAAGCAGCAUUUGAUUCUCUAUCAUCAAAAUUGUCCACCACUGACUCUGAAUUACUUUUGUCCAGAAAAAUGUUCUCUGAACAGAAGCUUGCAGUUCAGACAUUAACUGAUGAACUGCAAGAGGAAAAGGAAAGCAAGGCUGCAACAGAGCUCCUCCACAGAAAGAAAAUGAAUGAGGUUCUGGAGAAAAAUCAGGAGUUAGAAAACACAAUCAACAUUCUUGAAAGAAGAAAUAAGAGCCAUGAGAAUAAGAUAAGUACUUUAGAGAAAGAUAUUGAAGCCAUGGAAACCCAGUUUGCUGAUAGGGGAAAGGCUAGUGAUAAAAAAUUCCAGGAAGAGCUUCUGAAUACUGAAAGAAGGCUACAAAAAGAAGUAAGCAAUUUGCAGCAGAAAGCUCUGGAAUAUCGUGAAGCCACAAAAGAAAAGAUGAUGAAGUUGGAGGAAGAGAAAACUGCAUUUGAAGAGGAGGUUAGCACUUUGAAAUCUCAGUUGGUCUUGUUGAGGAUCUCCUCAGAUGAAGAACUCCGUAACACAAAGACAAGGUUAAAACAAGAUGAAAUUACUAGAUCCCGACAGUAUGACGAGCAUCUAUCUCAAAUCCAGCAAUCACAGAGUGAGCUUCAAAUCCAAAACACAAAACAGUUGACACAGAUCACAGAUUUGCAGUCUCAGCUUAAUUCUACACACAGAGAUAGUGAAAUGUUGAGGAGGCAGAUGGAAACUUUGAAGCAACAACUGGAACAGAAAGAUGCAGAUUACAGAAAUGAGGUCAAUCGGUCAAGAAUUGAACUUGACUCAGAAAGGAAAACUCAGUCUGAGCUACGAGAUAAAAUUUCUGAUUUGGAAAGUAGAAUAGCUGAAAUGACAAGAAGACACAGGGAUGCUAUAAGCAUAAAGGACAGUGAAUUGGAACUACUAAAGGAACAGCUCAGAUGCAAAGAAAAUGAAAUAAAAAAAAUUCACGAUGAAGAAAUGAAGAGAGCUGAACUUCUUGAGAAAGCCAUAUAUAGCUAUGUAUCUAGCACUAAAAAUUCUUCACUCUCUCCUCACCGAUCUUAG